GAAUGUUGAAUACGAAGGGAGCAGGAAGUUAGCAGCGGUGGACGGUUGUCUUUCACGAGUUUGAGGGAAAUGAAUUGAAAGGAAUCUUCUGGUAGAGCGCAUUUGUAGCGAAUGUUCCCUCAGCGUCUAAACACGCGCUUUCCUUUUUACCAUUGCAAAUUCGACUUCCAAUUCCUUUUUGACAUUUGAGACGUUCGCAAACACAUUGAGAUUAAAGGAAUCGAUAAGCGAUCCAGCGAUCGAAGGAAGAAUAGGAUGCCCGAGAUGGACGAGGGCGAGGUUAUAGAACAACCUCUGACGGCCAUAGCAGAGGCGUUUGAGGAGCUGUCGAAGUGGAUGAAGGAGAAUAGCGACGGCCGCCACAUUCGCCUCGACAAUUUCUGCGAGGUCGCCUCUCUCGUCUCCGUUCUCUUCCGUUGUCUCGGCCUCGCUUUCAAAUUCGCUGAAUUGGAAUACGUCGCCAAGCUAGAAGGACUAUUGGAAGCAUCAAAGACAUGUCCCACUCUACAAGAUAUUCUUGAAGUUGAUGUUGGCAAUGAUACAGUGAAAACCUCUGGAAGCUAUUCCCGUAAUCUGCGUAGAGUUCGGCAGGGUCUUGAUCUCGUCAGAGCUAUAUUCGAACAACUUUUGUCUACUGAAGAUUCUUCUCUAAAAGACGUGGCUUCAACAGCUUAUGGGCAGGUAUGUGCACCAUACCACACAUGGGCGGUACGAACAGCUGUGUACGCUGGGAUGUAUACACUUCCAACGAGAGAACAACUUUUGAUGAAGCUCAAUGAAACAGAGCAAUCAGCCGAGAAGAAGAUGAAAAGGUAUAUUGCUGCCUCACUUCCGAUUAUAGAAUACAUUGAUAGUCUGUACCUUUCUCGAAAUAUUACGUUGGACUGGUGAGUUUAUAAAAAGAAAAGAGAAAAUCUACCAAGUUGAAUGCCCUUUCUGUUUAUUAGAAGGCAGUGUCGUGGCUCCGUUGUUGUAUAUAUCAGCAACCUAAGUACACAUGCUUCGUUUUUUGUACUAUAUAUAUAAAAGAUGUAAUUAUGUUAGUUCUACUCAACGGCUCUUGGCCCUUUAGAGAUACCAAAUAGAUUUGUACUAAAUUACUAACAAAAUGCAUGUGAAAUUUUCAGCUGGUUUUUA